AUGCCUCUCUCUCUCCGUCUCGCUCCAUCUCCUACGGCUUUAGCUUCAUCCACCGGUGGAUUUGGUCCCGUGAAGAAGAAGCAGUGCCGCAUCCCUUACUCCGGCUUAGCCACAACGAGGAUUGGUCUCUGCUCAUUGGAUUAUGGUAAAAGGGUAGAUUCCUCUGUGGUGAGGUGUAGCUUAGAGACAGUGAACGUCAGUGUUGGUCAAGUGACGGAAGUGGAUAAGGAUACGUUCUGGCCCAUCGUUAAAGCCGCCGGUGAAAAAAUUGUCGUACUUGACAUGUACACUCAAUGGUGUGGACCAUGUAAAGUGAUUGCCCCUAAGUACAAAGAUUUAUCCGAGAAGUACGAGGACGUUGUGUUUUUAAAGCUUGACUGCAACCCUGAAAACAGGCCAUUAGUAAAGGAGCUAGGGUUAAGAGUGGUUCCAACUUUCAAAAUCUUUAAGGAUAAUAAAGUCGUCAAGGAAGUUACGGGUGCCAAAUAUGAUAAUCUGGUCGAAGCCAUUGAAACAGCUAGGUCUGCUGCUGGUUCUUCGGGAUGA